UCCAAGCUGUCCAGGACUUGACGGGACACUUAUUCACAUUAAAAGACCACAGUCUUGCCCUGUCAAGAUUGCCCUAUGGGAGUGUUUGUCAGAGUAUGACAAAAAAAAAACAGUCUACCCUCCACGCUAUCAAGACACAAUCUCCAAAGGGAGAUUCAGGGCCACAAAAAAAAAUGUUGCACCUGGUGUAGAGAGUACAAAGCGAUGCUUUGCAGGAGGGAAAAGCCCAGCACAGUGGCCUGACUGCAAUCGUGUGUGUGAGGCACUUUUUAUUCAACUUUGCAAGGGGUAUCGUGGACCCAGGCGCAUUGAUGGAGUCAGGAAAGAGCGUUGGAGCCUUGUCACCAAAGCAUAUCUUCACAUCCGCCAAGUCAUUCUAAAUAAUGCCAUGGUGAUGGAGAAGACCACCAUCCAGCUCCCGGUGAUGAAUACUGCAACCAUCGCUAGUUGGUACAAUAAACUUCAGAAAAAGCAGGAGAAGAGCAUGCUGGAGCAAGGCCUGUCUAUUCCAAAGAACACUAAUGUGAGCCCAGAGAGCUUGCCUCUUGCAGUUGUGAGGAAAGACAGGCCCUGUGUCCCGACCAGCAGUGUGGCAAAUCCCCACAUCUUUGUCCUGCCCUCUAACACGGCAGGGACCGCGCAGCUGAAACAGCGACGGAACCUGCCAGUGACUCCAUCUGCAAUUCGGCCACCAUUCCUUGCAGCUCUCGAUCAACCUCUUCAUCCUCCCCAGCCUGUACCACAACCUCUCCUGCUUGCACCACAACCUCUCCUGCCUGCACCGCAACCUCUCCUGCUUGCACCACAACCUCUCCUGCUUGCACCACAAGCAGUACUUCGGAAAUUGGUACUGCCAAGCCACAGCCACUACAACUCUGGCUGAGUGGAAGGCCUCAUUUGAAGCCCGGGGUUAUGGCAAAAGGAAAGAUGCACCACCACAGUAAUUUUGUAUUUGUAUUGUAUUGUAUUUGUCUUCACUUAUCUAAUAUUAU